AUGAUUAAAUUGUUAAUCAAACAUGGCGCUGAUAUUAAUGCCGAAGACGUCAAUGGUGUGACUCCUCUGAUGAAAGCAGCUAUUGAAGACGAUAACUCAGCAACUCUUAGGUUUUUGAUAAAUCAACCUUUUAUAGAAAUGAAUUCUCUGACCAAUGACAACCAAUCUUGUCUCCAUUUUCCAAAGAUUUGGUACCUAUACAUUAACGCUGAUGAACCUGAGUCUAAUCUUCAAGAUCUUCUGAAUGCAGGUUGUGAUCCCAAUAUUGUAGACGAUCAUGGCCAAUUACCGAUUGAUAGCUAUGUAGACAAAGAAAUGUGCGUUGAGAUUAUGAAGAAGCAUAUUGUUAAGCUGGUGGCGGCUGGCUUUUACGUCUGCGAUAGAAAUAAAAAAGUUAUUUCAGGAAGUGAAUUAAGAAAAUUUAGAGUUGAAUGUGAUACAGAAGUUGAAGUCAUGAAGAAUAAUUAUGGAAUAAUGGUUGGAUUUUCCUUGUUUGAUAUACUGCACAGAUCUUAUCACAAACUGGCGCUGAGGAUCAAGAAUGGAGAUGAAGAUAAGUUUGACGACAAAAUGGCGGCCAAGUUUCCUCUGUACGCAGGAAUGAUUAAGUAUCGCUUGGAAAAAGCUGGUCAACGAAGAAAAUUGUUCAAUCAAGUUGAAGAUAUUCUCUAUAAAGUUUUUUCUAGAUAUCUUCCUGCUACUUUUAUUCAUGAAAUGUUUUUUUAUUUUAGUAACUUUGAAUUGAGUAAAUUGGUGGAAAUUGAGUAG